AUGGACAGCUCUAAACGAGCCCGAACUCUCCUUCCGAAGCCCGGCCGCCAAGGUUCGGACGUGUCAGACGGUGCCGCGGUCGCCCUGACGGUUCCCAGAAAGGUCUCCAAAGCUCUAGCGGCGUGUGAAGGCUGUCGAAGACGAAAAUGCAAGUGCGAUGGUCUGCGGCCCGUCUGCGGGCAGUGCAUCAAUUCGAACCUCGAAUGCCGAUACAAGGUGCCCGAAGGCAUGAGCCGCCGCCAUGCCGACAAACACGAGGCUCAACAGGCCUCCAAGGCCAACCACGACCUCCGCGCCGUCCUCGACCUGCUCCGCCGCACGACCGACACCGGCUCUACCGAUCUCCUACGACGCAUCAAAGAAGCCCCUUCCCUCGACGUGGCCGUCGGGCUGAUAGCUGAUGCGAGUGUGCUGUUGCCCGACGAUGGCAGGGCCGAGCCUUCCGUGUCGCCCCACUUGAGCGGUUCUGCAGACUCCGACACCUUACCCAUUGCUACUUGGACACAUGUUUCGAAGGAUGACGACUUCAUGAAUUACCUAUGUAGUCUUUUCUGGACCUGGGACAACGUCGCCAGCCAUGUGGUACACCAGGGUCUCUUCAUUCAGGCCCUCAAGCUCGGCCCUCGGGAGUCUUCGGGGCCGACCUAUUGCUCUGGACUUUUAGUGAACGCGCUGCUCGCAGUCAGCUUUGUCAGUCUCCUCCCGCAUGGCAUACGGAGGAUGUUCCUGAUAUACUUGAAGCAGCUAUAUGUUCAGCGAGGAUUUGAUGGACUUGAUGGCUUUGGUCGCCAAUGCGCCGAUGCCUCCCUCGAGAUCCUCCAUUCGGGCCGCGAAAAGCCCAGCAUCUCUAUGCUGCAAGGUCUACUACUGCUAUGGGUGUUUGAAUUCAACGUCGGGUCCGAGGACCGGGCGGCAGCCCUGCUAGACCACUUUCGUCACGCCUAUCGGGAGCUGGGUUUGCAUGAGAUCCAGGUCUCUGAAGUGCCCGCGACUGAGUCACCAGCACGCAUCGAGAUCCAAGGGAUGUCUUCCAUACUCUGGGGCCUCUAUUGCAUGGACGCGAAGAUCAGCCUUGCCCUGUCAAGGCCAAUGGCCGUUCAGAAGCCUGCCGUGAUCAGGGACUUUCCUACCGCCGGACCCUCGGAGAUGUCGAACGUCAUCCUCGAGGACCAACCGUGGUUCCCAUAUCCGAAGCCCGCACCGAUGCACCUUUCCUAUCAUCGAGAGGCCCGCGAGGCCGACUGCGACCUGUCCGAGAUCAUACAAGCCUCGCUACGGUUCAUACAGGAAGAGGGGUCGAGUGCGAUCCCCAACCUAAAGCGCAUCCAGGCACUCUACGACGAGCUCGUGGCCUGGAAGUCGAAUCUGCCUCAACGACUCUGGAUGAGCGAAGGAACGCAUCCCCAGAUCACUUUUCUACACGCCACCUACGACACAGCCGCCAUCAAGCUCCUCCAGCUGACGGCGCGGCGCUCGAUCCUGGGCCUCGACGGCCAGGACGUCAGCGCCGCCGUGUCGAGCCACGCGCAGUCCCUCGUCUCGACGCUCUGGGUCUACCGCGCCGUGCACGGCCUGCGCCACGACUACUGGCUCGCGCAGACCUGCUUCGCGGCGGCGGCGGCCCUGCUCGAGAGCGCCACCGCGGGCGGCGGCGGCGGCGCGGUCAACGCCGUGCACGCGCACAGCUUCGUGCGCGCGCUGCAGCUGCUCGACGGCGCGGCGCGGUACCUGCCCUCGGCGGACCGGCUGCUGCUCACGCUGGGCGGGCUGCUGGCGCGGCGGCGCGGCGGAGGCGGCGGAGGCGACGGGGAGAAUCGGGCCGGGUUGGGGGCCAUGUCCUCGGCGCCGGUGAUGGCGGUCAUGGCCCGGGCGGUGGCGAGGGCCGGGCGCGUGACGGUCGUCAACGCGGCGGUGCUGCCGCCGCGGACCAAGAGGAAGGGAUCGGAUGGAGAGCAGCAGCAGCAGCAGCAACAUGAACGGGCGGCGCCACCUGCGACGGGAUUGGAGAAACUUGCUGUCUCUUUCAACACCAACAUUCAGUCUGUCGAGGGCGGACGGCAGUAG